AUGUUUAUUAUCAGGGGAAUAUAUCGUUUACCGAGAGCCGCUGAUCAUCCGGUGGAUACAACAGCGGACCGCUUUACUAGCACCGAGUGUCACAAGGCAUCAAAUGAACUGGGUCUCCGUCGCAGACAGGCGCGGUUCUGUUUCCAUUCUCGCUUCGGUUAUGCAAUGCUCGCUGUGCUUCGUGCCGCGCAUGCAGUUGGGUAUCACUGUCCGAGAGCAUUUGCUGAUCGUCGCUGGAAUUGCACGUCAAUUCAUCGGCUACCUGAAGUGUCGCCGGAACUGAGACGAGGAACUCGGGAGCAGGCUCUCGUGCACUCUUUCUCAAGUGCUGCGUUAUUGUUCGAAAUCGCGCGGUAUUGUGCGUUGAACAAAAUACGCUUUUGCUCAUGCGGCGAUGAAGAUAUGGCAUUUUCCAGGCCUGCUUAUCGGUUCACUCAAAAUCCACCCGGUCAAGUUGCAUACUUUGACUCUGGAGGUGCAUUAGUAUACGAAUCAGGGAUGAAUAAUGGCUUUACGGAGCAGACCUCAAAUGUUCAAGCAACACAAAUGACGGAGGGUCAACCAACAGUUAGCCGAUUUUACUGGGCUGGUUGUUCAGAUAAUCUCAGGGUUGCACGGGAAUAUGCUUCUGCCUUCUUGGGUUUCCCUAACGUCCGCAUACUGCGCACGGCGGAUGCAAAUGCACACAAACGAAGAAUGCUUGAUACAGAGAGUAACAGGCAUGAGCGCCAACCGCGGUCGACCAACUACCUGGGUAGGGAGAACCAGGAUCAAUCUGAAGACGAAGAACUUCGUGCAAAGGAAUCCCACAUGCAAUUCCGAAAAAUGCCUAGAGGUCUGCAGCAACAUUGGUCAUACCCCACGGCAGACGCGUCGGCGCAACAUCCUAUUAACUACCGCCCACAUCAAACAUCGCAGCUACGCUCUCCACGGAGGCAAAGCUUACCCUACCAGAGCAGACGUUGGCUACGACGGCCUCCUACCAGUGGACGCCGAAAGCAGUCACCGAUCACACGGAUAAUGGACCGACACAAUUAUCUUGCAGGAGUUGUGCUCAUGGAAGUUAAUCACAAGACAGUUUGCAAAUGUCAUGGUGUUAGCGGCAGCUGUGCACAACGCGUUUGCUUUCAUCAGCUCAGAAGGAUAGACGACGAAGUCAUGCAAAAAGCAUUGAAAGUUCGAUAUCUGGCUGCGAAACAGGUCACAUUGGAUUCCAACAGGCGGUUGGUCGCCAAAACGUUCACCGGUGCCGGAUUUGCAGACGAAGUGGUUGACCCAUCAGAACUGGUUUUCAGCGAGCAUUCGCCAGACUACUGCAACUAUGAGCCACAAAGGGGAUCUGUUGGUACUUAUGGUCGUUUAUGCUCGCUGGAAGAUGCAGGCACGGCAAACUGUCUGAAUAUGUGCUGCGGAAGAGGCUACAAGAACAUAACUGCUCAGGAAACUGUUCAGUGUAAUUGUCGCAUGGGUGAAGGCUUCAAAGUUAAUUGUGAUGAAUGCCGAAUAGAAGUCAUGACUUACAGAUGUCUUUGAUGCUACAGACGGGCGAUGCAAUUAGUCAUACGAUUACGGGAACUAAACAUAGUGAUGAAUGUGAAACUGUUUGGUUUUGUCAAACUUCAACGUGCAAUACACCAUAUUCUUGUGUCCCAUAUCCAAGCAUACUCAAAGUUUGUACAUGAAACAUGACCCUAUCUGAAAAAGGUAUACUAUUUGAGUGCGAUACGCACUUUUGGAAGCGACUCUUUCACAGACCGGUGCCAUUAAGUUUCUCACAAAUGAUUCCCCUUGCAUUGUUCCUAUCCCUCAUCAGAAAUGUACAUACAUUCACAUUCGCAUUACUAAUGUGCACUGGUCGAUGACAUUAUCUUUCUUUG